CACGAUUUUGAUCCAUCAAUUCACCUGGCCUACCGGAAGCCAGAAGGGAUCCAUACACUUUCUGAUCUCAAGUUGGAAAAUUCACCAAUUUCAGAGGUUGCAUCAACAGAUCCAUUUCCAUUACUCUCCGGUGAGGGUGUGCGAGCUUUCCGACGCGAGCUCUUCUCCAAGGAUGUCUUGGACAAUUGCUGCUACAAGACACGUCCUGGGUCUGUACAAAUACGUGGAAUGGCCCCUCGAUUUGCGCCAUUUACAUACCAGUUCUGGACUUCGCCUGAAGUUCUGGGAAUUGUAAGCAAUCUGGCUGGCGUAGAUCUCAUACCAGUCAUGGACCAGGAGAUAUGUCAUACCAAUGUUCAGCUUGGACCAGCGGGGCUUGAGGGUGUUAGGCAUACACCUGUUGAUCCUCCAAGUGCGCCCCCUGCGUACAGAGAAAAAUCAAAUGGGGAUGGCAGAGAGAAAGCUUCAGCUGUCGUCCCAUGGCACAGAGACUCGCAUCCUUUUGUUUGUGUUGUGAUGCUGUCAGACACGAGUACAAUGACAGACGGCGAAACUGAGAUGCAAAGAGGCGACAGAUCGACUGUUAAAGUUAGAUCACCGGAAACAGGAGGAGCGGUUGUUCUGCAAGGACGACAUGUCAGCCACAUCGCUAUCCCCGCAGGAAACAUGCCCGAGCGCAUCACUCUUGUGACAUCGUUCCGUCCCCGGUCUCCCCUUCUGGUCGAUGAUUCGAGUCUAAUGAAUGUUCGGACGAAGUCUCUUCUCCCAGAGCUUUAUUACCAAUGGGCGCAUUAUCGGCUGCAUCUACUGAGCCAACGGUUCAAACAUGAGGCGGAUGCCUUGGAAGAUCGUUACUGUCGUGCCGUGCAGACGUACGAUCCCGAGGGCAGGCCAGGCCAUUGCACAGUUGAAACGGUCGACGUCGAAGCGUUAACAUGCUGGAUGGAAGAGCAGAUGCGGUAUAUGCGUCAGACACUUUUUGAGAUGCGACCUGUUACAGCCGAAGACAACAUCAACAAGAACUAUAUCCCCCAAGUGGAGUGA